AUGAAUGAAAAUAUAACAAAUAAUGAGCAUAAUAACACUAAUACCAAUAGCAAUGAUAAACCCAAUACAAAAGACACAUCACCUAAAUCAUCAUCAUCAUCAUCAUCAUCCGCUAAAAAUGGGAUAACUGCAUCUGCUAAAAAAAUUAAAAAUAUACCAGUUGAAUUAACUGCUUAUGGUACAACUCCUUCUGGUAAACCAAGAUUAUUUGUUUGUCAAGUUUGUACAAGAGCUUUUGCAAGAUUAGAACAUUUAAGAAGACAUGAAAGAUCUCAUACAAAAGAAAAACCUUUUAGUUGUGGAGUUUGUCAAAGAAAAUUUAGUAGAAGAGAUUUAUUAUUAAGACAUGCUCAAAAAUUACAUGCUGGUUGUACUGAUGCUAUAACAAGAUUAAGAAGAAAAUCUAUAAAACCAAAAGAAGAUGGAGAAGAAGAAGGAGAUGAGGAAGAGGAGAGGCAGGAGGAAGUAGCAAUUGAAGAUGACAAGGAAAAAGAAUCAUCAGAGAAACAACAAACAAAUAAAAAAGUUAAUGAUAAAAAGGAAAAAACGAAACAAAAAAGUUCUGAACCAACAAUUAAUAACGUUAAACAAGAUCCUGUUGAAUUUAAUCUAGAUUUAUUCAAUAAUUCAAAACCUGAUACAUCAAAUUCAAAAAUACUGAAAACUUCAAAAAAACCGUCAAUAAACAAUUCAUCAUCAACAUCAUCAUCAAAUACUACAACUAGAAAAAAUUCAACAAAUGCUUCAUUACAAAGACAUAUCCUAGAAAGGAAAAAAACAACUGAUUCAACAAUGUCUGGAAUAACUAUAACACCAACUAGAAGAAUGAGAGGUGCUUCAUUUUCUGCUCAAUCUGGUCCUAAUUAUGCAAUAAAUGUUCAAGAAUUUAAUGAUAUUUAUCCUCAAUCUGAUAAUGUUGAAUUUUCAACUCCUCAAUUACAACCAACAAAUAAUAAUGAUGAAAUUAAUUGGUUAAAUAGUUUAACUUCAAUACCUGGUUUAUCAGAAAAUUCAAAUUUUAUGAAAUUAAAUCAUCGACCAUCUUUUCAAUUAUCAAAUAGCAAUAAUGAUUAUCCAACUCCUCCUGUAAAUGUAAGUCAUCAUGGAUCUUUUUCAAAUCAAUCAUCAAAUUUUACUGUAAUGAAUCAAUCUGAUAGUAUAAAUUCUUUAAAUUCAAAUUAUGAUGGGAAUUCUUAUAUGAUGCCAACUGUAACUUUAACAAAUCAAGAAAUUCAAAAUGGUGUAACUGCUCAUCAAAAUAUGAUACAACAACAAAAUUUUCAACCAUUACAACAACAGCAACUACAUCAACAUCAACAUGAACAUCAAAAUUUGAACCAAAAUCAAUCUCAGUCUCAACCUCAACCUCAGCAUCAACAUAACAACCAAAAUCAAAAUCAAAAUCAACCUCAAAAUUAUCAAUCAUAUCAAACUCAACAAAGUUUUGAUAAUGGUUAUUCAUUUUAUGAUAUUCCUGAAAAUAUGCUAGAUAUGACUUUAGGAAUUGAAGAUCCAUCAAUAACAACAUCAUCAUCUUCACAUUUUAGAGUUUUAACUCCUAUAAAACAAGAACAAGAACCAUUUGAAUCUAUACUGAAUGAUAAUAAUAAUAAUCAACAAAUGGAGGUUGAUGAUGUUGAUUUAAAUUUCUUAAAUGAUAUUGAUAAUUUAACUCAUGAAAUAGAUGUAAAUAGUAAAUUUAUGCCUGGAGGUUAUUCAUUUUAUGGAGAUAAUCCAUCAGGAAAUUCAUCAGGUAUGGAUACAAAUUCACCAAAUUUAAAAUCACCAACAAAAUUAAAUCAAUUAAAUUUUAGUUCAAAUAUAAGUCAAAAUUUUGAACAUACUAUAGAUCAUAAUCAAUUAAUUAAUUUAGAAAAUUCAUCACAAAAUAAUGAUAUAAUAAAUCAAAUCUCAUUAAAUAAAAUAAAAUUAAGUAAUUACUCCAAGAAUAAAUUAUUUACAAAUCAUAUGAGACAAUUAAUAAAUAGAGCAUUAAAUAAAUAUCCAAUAAAUGGUAUAACAACACCAAUUAUACCAUCAAAUGAAAAAUUAGAAUUAUAUUUAUCAUUUUUUAUAAAAGAUUUUUUAUCACAUUAUCCUUUUAUACAUAUAUCAAAAUUAAAUGAAUAUGAAAUUAUGAAUAUGACAUCAGAUGAAAUUGAAAAUAAUGAAAGUGCAAGAGUUUGUUUACCAUUAUUAAUUGCUACAAUUGGGGCAUUAUUAGCAAAUAAUAAAAAUGAUUCUGAACACCUUUAUGAAGGUUCAAGAAGAGCUAUUCAUAUAUAUUUAGAAAGUAGAAAAAAUAUAGUUGAAAAAAAAAUUGUAUCAUCGAUUAAUCCAUUAUGGUUAAUUCAAUCAUUAACAUUAUCUGUUAUUUAUGGAUUAUUUUCAGAAAAUGUUAAUAAUGUUUAUAUUGUUAUGAGACAAUUAAGUGCAUUAAAUUCAUUAGUUAAAACUUCAAUAAAAGAUUCAAAAGAAAUUUUAUUUUCAAUACAUGGAGAAGAUGAAAUUAUUUAUAAAAAAUUAUUAAAUUCUUCACUUGAAAUACAAAAUGAAGACAUCCCUUCAUCAUCAUUAUUUUCAAAUAAUUUUAAUGAUGAAAUUAAGUUUAAAAAUCAUAUAAAUUUACAACUGCAAAUUAGAAUAAUAUUUAUAAUUUAUAGAAUUACAAAUUUUUUAUAUAUGAUGUAUAAUGUUCCAUUAACAUUAUCAGUAAAUGAUUUAAAUCAUUUAAUUGUACCAAAUUUAAAAGAUGAAUAUUUAUGGAAUUUUAAAAAUUUUCAAGAAUUUCAAGAAAAUAAUAAUCAAUUAAAUAAUAACAGUCAAUCCCUAGAUUAUUAUUUAAAACUGGAAAAAAUUAAUUUUAAAGAUUUAUUAAUUAAUAUUACAUCAAAUAAAUCAAUGAAUUUUAAAAUAAAUAAUUUAAGUAAAUUUGGUUUCAAUUCAUUAAUUCAUGGAUUUUAUGAAAUAAAACAAUUUAAAGAAAUUAAUUUUAAAUUAAAUAUUUUUAAAAUUUUAAAUGAAAUUACAAAUUAUUAUCCAAAAAAUCAAUCACAUGAUUUAGUACAUGGUAAAAACCAAAUUAAAGAUGUUGAAAAAAUUGAUUAUGUUUUAUUAAUAAAUUUUACAAAAAUUACUUCAAUAUUAGAUUUAAAAUCUAUAAAAGCUCAAUGUUGGCUUAAAAAUUAUGAUGAAAUUGAAAAUUAUUUUGACUUAUUAUUUAAAGAUAAUUUUAAUAAUUCAAAUAAUUCUUUUGGUGAUAAUAAUGAUUUAAAUUAUUUACAAGUUAUUGAUUGUUGUUUAAUUAUUUUAAAAGUUUUAUUAUUUAAAGUUAAUAAUUUUACUCCUAACACUAAUGAAAAUAACUCCACUACUAAAGAUGAUUCAAUAUUUGAUACAGAUUUUGGAUAUCUUGAUAAUAAUAUUGAAUAUUUAAAUAAUAAUAAAGAAUUUAAUAAAAUGAUUGAAUUUGAAUAUACAAAUGAAUUUAAUCCAACAAAUAAUCUUAUACAUUCACAAGUUUUAUAUCAUAUUUUUAUUAUAUUAUCAAUGUUUUCAAUUUAUUCAAUUAAAAGAAAUAAAAAUAACAACUCAACCAAUAUUAAUAGUAAUCAAAUUGAAAAUGAUAAUUUAUUAUAUGAAUUAAAUUUAAAAAAUCAAGAAGUCUUAAAUUUAAUGGAACAAAUCAAAAAUCAAUUAAUUGAAAGAUAUACCGGUAAUUCUACAACCACCACCAAUAAUUAUUAUCAAAAUAAUGCAGGCAUUAUAAAUGAAAGAAAUAAUGAUAAUCUAACAAACUUAUUCUUAUUUAAUCAUACCACCAACACCACAAACUCCUCAUCACUUGAAAAUACAUUAUAUAUUUUAAAAAUUGGAGAAAUUUUAUUAAAUUAUUUAUAUGAUUUAAAUUUAAAAAUUUCAAUUUUAAAAAAAUUAAGUUUUAAUUUAUCAAAUAUUAAAAAAUUUAUUAUUGAUAAUGAAUUAAAAUUAGGUAUCUGA